UGCAGAUGGUGAUGGGAAGCGCACUCGCUGGCGAAUUAAGCAGGGGAGACUUUGGAAAUGACCAGUGCUCCACGAAGGGGCAGAGCCCGCGUCCACCUGCCCCAAGUCCAGCGACGUCCGCUGCAGCGCCGGGAAAACCGAACCGUAAUUACCGAUCGACAGUCGCGGCCCCAAGGACCAGCCCCGACCGAGCAAUUGGUUUGGAAUCUGCAUUGUGCGCUUGCAUCCAUCCUCUAAGCCCCAUGUGAAGCCAACCUCUCUCUCUCCAUCUCUCUCACUUCAAGACCUGCUACCUGGAGCCAAUUCGGAUUUCCUCGUGGUUGUUUUUUUUUUUGUUUUUCUUUUUUUUUUGUUUUGUUUUUUCCUUCUUCCCUUUCCCUUCCGUUCUUCCCUGGUCGUCUCCGGGUGGAUAUGCGGGCACUAUCAACAUGCUGACCUCCCUCCCCCAGCCGGCUAGAGGUUCUGCUUGUACAGCCCAAGGGAGCGUCAGAGUCGAAGAUGAAGACCAGGGCCGAGCGCUCCUCUCCAAGGUUGUGGUGGGUGUUGGCUGUCCUGGCCGCGGUGGGCGGCAGGACCCGGGCCCAGAAGAGCCACCCGAGCAUCGGCAUCGCGGUCAUCCUGGUGGGGACGUCGGACGAGGUGGCCAUCAAGGAUGCCCACGAGAAAGAUGACUUCCAUCACCUGUCAGUGGUCCCCCGGGUGGAGCUGGUGGCCAUGAACGAGACCGACCCCAAGAGCAUCAUCACCCGCAUCUGCGACCUCAUGUCCGACCGGAAGAUCCAGGGAGUGGUGUUCGCUGACGACACCGACCAGGAGGCCAUCGCCCAGAUCCUCGAUUUCAUCUCCGCCCAGACCCUCACCCCCAUCCUGGGCAUCCACGGAGGGUCAUCAAUGAUCAUGGCGGACAAGGAUGACUCGUCCAUGUUCUUCCAGUUCGGCCCAUCCAUCGAGCAGCAGGCGUCCGUCAUGCUCAACAUUAUGGAGGAGUACGACUGGUACAUCUUCUCCAUCGUCACCACGUACUUCCCCGGCUACCAGGACUUCGUGAACAAGGUCCGCAGCACCAUCGAGAACAGCUUCGUGGGCUGGGAGCUGGAGGAGGUCUUGCUCCUGGACAUGUCCCUGGAUGACGGGGACUCCAAGAUCCAGAACCAGCUCAAAAAGCUCCAGAGCCCCAUCAUCCUCCUCUACUGCACUAAGGAAGAAGCCACCUACAUCUUCGAGGUGGCCAACUCGGUGGGCCUCACGGGCUAUGGCUACACGUGGAUCGUGCCCAGCCUGGUCGCGGGGGACACAGACACCGUCCCCUCCGAGUUCCCCACCGGGAUCAUCUCGGUGUCAUACGACGAAUGGGACUAUGGCCUUCCGGCCAGGGUGAGGGAUGGGAUCGCCAUCAUCACCACGGCGGCUUCUGACAUGCUUUCCGAGCACAGCUUCAUCCCCGAGCCAAAGAGCAGCUGCUACAAUACCCAGGAGAAGAGGAUCUACCAGUCCAACAUGCUCAAUCGGUAUCUGAUCAACGUCACCUUUGAAGGGAGGAAUCUGUCCUUCAGCGAAGAUGGCUAUCAGAUGCACCCGAAACUGGUGAUAAUCCUCUUGAGCAAGGAGAGGAAGUGGGAGAGGGUGGGCAAGUGGAAGGACAAGUCCCUGCAGAUGAAAUACUACGUGUGGCCACGCUUCGAGCUGUGCCCCGACACGGAGGAACGGGAGGACGACCACCUGAGCAUCGUGACCCUGGAGGAGGCCCCGUUUGUUAUCGUGGAGAGUGUCGACCCACUGAGUGGAACCUGCAUGAGGAACACAGUGCCCUGCCAGAAGCGCAUCAUCACCGAGAACAAAACGGAUGAGGAGCCCGACUACAUCAAGAAGUGCUGCAAGGGCUUCUGCAUCGACAUCCUCAAGAAGAUCUCCAAGUCGGUCAAGUUCACCUAUGACCUCUACCUGGUGACCAACGGGAAGCACGGGAAGAAGAUCAACGGGACGUGGAAUGGGAUGAUCGGCGAGGUGGUCAUGAAACGUGCCUACAUGGCGGUGGGGUCCCUGACCAUCAACGAGGAGCGGUCUGAGGUAGUGGACUUCUCCGUGCCCUUCAUUGAGACUGGCAUCAGCGUCAUGGUGUCCCGCAGCAAUGGAACCGUCUCUCCAUCCGCCUUCUUAGAGCCAUUCAGUGCGGACGUGUGGGUCAUGAUGUUCGUGAUGCUGCUGAUUGUGUCCGCGGUGGCUGUCUUUGUCUUCGAGUACUUCAGCCCUGUGGGCUACAACCGCUGCCUGGCAGAUGGAAGAGAGCCCGGGGGACCCUCCUUCACCAUCGGCAAGGCCAUCUGGCUCCUGUGGGGGCUGGUGUUCAACAACUCCGUCCCGGUCCAGAACCCCAAGGGAACAACCAGCAAGAUCAUGGUGUCAGUGUGGGCCUUCUUUGCGGUCAUCUUCCUGGCCAGCUACACUGCCAACCUGGCCGCCUUCAUGAUCCAGGAAGAGUACGUGGACCAGGUCUCCGGGCUGAGCGACAAAAAGUUCCAGAGACCCAAUGACUUCUCGCCCCCGUUCCGCUUCGGCACUGUGCCUAACGGGAGCACCGAGAGAAAUAUCCGCAACAACUACGCGGAGAUGCAUGCCUACAUGGGCAAGUUCAAUCAGAGGGGCGUGGACGAUGCGCUGCUCUCGCUCAAGACGGGGAAGCUGGACGCCUUCAUCUACGACGCGGCCGUGCUGAACUACAUGGCGGGCCGGGACGAGGGCUGCAAGCUGGUCACCAUCGGCAGCGGGAAGGUGUUCGCGUCCACCGGCUAUGGGAUCGCCAUCCAGAAGGAUUCCGGCUGGAAGCGCCAGGUGGACCUCGCCAUCCUGCAGCUCUUUGGAGACGGGGAGAUGGAAGAGUUGGAAGCCCUGUGGCUCACAGGCAUCUGCCACAAUGAGAAGAACGAGGUCAUGAGCAGCCAGCUGGACAUCGACAACAUGGCUGGGGUCUUCUACAUGUUGGGGGCCGCUAUGGCCCUGAGCCUCAUCACCUUCAUCUGCGAGCACCUCUUCUACUGGCAGUUCCGCCACUGCUUCAUGGGCGUCUGCUCGGGCAAGCCGGGCAUGCUCUUCUCCAUCAGUCGAGGCAUCUACAGCUGCAUCCACGGCGUGGCCAUCGAGGACCGCCAGUCGGCCGGCAACUCGCCGUCGGCCACCAUGAACAACACCCACUCCAACAUCCUGCGACUGUUGCGCACGGCCAAGAACAUGGCCAACCUGUCAGGCGUCAACGGGUCCCCGCAGAGUGCCCUGGACUUCCUGCGGCGCGACUCGUCCGUGUACGACAUCUCGGAGCACCGCCGCAGCUUCGCCCACUCGGACUGCAAGUCGUACAACACGCCGGCCUGCGAGGAGAACCUGUUCAGCGACUACAUCAGCGAGGUGGAGCGGACCUUCGGCAACCUGCAGCUCAAGGACGGCAACUCCUACCAGGACCCCUUCCUGCACCACCACCACCACCACCGGCCUCACAGUGUGGCCAGCUCGGGCUCGGCCGACGGGCCCUACGACUGCGACAACCCACCACCCUUCUCCGCCCCGGCCCGGGCUCCAGCCAAGAAGGCCCUGGACCCGGGCCCGCCAGCCGGCCGGCACGGCGGCCCGCUCGGGGACCCGUACGGCAAGUUCUCCUUCAAGAGCGACCGCUACGGGCCCCACGACGACCCAAUCCGCUCGGACGUGUCCGACAUCUCCACGCACACCGUCACCUACGGCAACAUCGAGGGCAGCAACGCGGCCAAGCGGAGGAAGCAGCAGUACAAGGACAGCCUGAAGAAGCGGCCGGCCUCGGCCAAGUCGCGCCGGGAACUGGAUGAGAUCGAGCUGGCCUACCGGCGCCGGCCGCCCCGCUCCCCGGACCGCCGGCGAGGCACGCGGGACAAGGAGGGGCUCCGGGACUUCUACCUGGACCAGUUCCGGCCCAAGGAGAACUCGCCCCACUGGGAGCACGUAGACCUGACCGACCUGUACAAGGAGCGGGCCGACGACUUCGAGCGGGACCCCGGUGGCGGGGGCGGGGGCAGCGGCGGGGGAGGCCUGGGACCCUGCACCAACCGGGCCCACCACAAGCUCGGCCCGGCGGACUUCGGGGCCAGCGAGCGCAAGCUUGGCUCGGCGGGUGGCGGGCCGGCCCCCUGGGAGAAGGCCCCGGCCGGCCCCGAGUGGGGCGACCGGCCGGCCACCACGGCCACGACCACCGCCUCCUUCUGCCGCGGCUGCCCCCCGAAGCUGCACGGCUUCGCCCCGGCCGGGGCUGGCCAGAACCCCGGCCGCCAGCCGUGCAUCCGCUGCGAGGCCUGCAAGAAGGCAGGCGACCUGUAUGACAUCAGCGAGGACAACUCCCUCCAGGAGGUGGACCCGCCGGGGGGCCCCGGGGUCCCGGCACCGGCCCCCACCUCCGGCCGCUACCCCCAAAGCCCCUCCGACCCCAAGGCGCAGAAGCGGAGCCGCAACAAGCUGCGCCGGCAGCACUCGUACGACACCUUUGUGGACCUGCAGCGGGAGGAGUCGGUCCCAGCCCCGCGCAGCGUCAGCCUCAAGGACAAGGGCCGCUUCCCGGAUGGGAGCCCCUACGCCCACGUCUUCGAGGCGCCCGACGCCCCCUUCGCCGCCCGCCCCGCCCCGCCCGCCCGCCGCUUCCGCGACAACCCUGGCCGGGGCGGGGGCGGCUACCCACUCAGCAAGUCCCUCUACCCCGACCGGGUCACCCAGAACCCCUUUGUCCCCACCUUUGGGGAUGACCAGUGCUUGCUCCACGGCAGCAAGUCCUACUUCUUCGGGCGGCCCGCGGUGGGCGGGCCCCGGCUCGGGCCGGACCUCCGGGCUCUCGUCGCCGGCAAGGCGGCUGGGCCAGGCCCGCUCGGGCCGGGGCCCGGCCGCUUCCCCAAGGACGUCUGCGUGGGGAACCGUUCCGACCCCUGUGUGCCUAACAACAAGAUCCCCAGGGCUUUCAACAGUUCCGGCAACGGGCACGUCUACGAGAAACUGUCUAGUAUCGAGUCUGACGUCUGAGUGGCGG